AUGGACCCUGGCACGAGGAAACAGGCCAUCUGUCCAUACAUGAUGUUGCCGGGUGCAGCGCUGGAGACGUCCAGAGCAAAGCAAUAUCCGAUUCUGCCCGUGGACUCCGUACACAUUGUCGGCCAGACGGGACAGGUGGGCGGCGCGAAGACGACGCUGGUCCACUUGAUCAAGCCGGCUCCACCGAGCUUCGGCCAUGAUCAGCCUCCAUGCUCUAAGCGUGCGGAGGAUCGUGACGAGGGUCAGGGCUAG